AUGAGGAACGGGCAAAUGAGGUGGUACUCCGUUAAGAUGUGCCGUCAUUUGUUCCGUCAACAAUUCGACGGGAGGGUAAGCACCUGUUUGUUUGUCGCUUACUGUACUAGGGAAGCUCGGAGUGAAACGCGGGAAACCCUGGUGCGCGCUGGUUUUGAACCGUGGGUAAUGGGGAUUGCACGCGCAUCGAAAUUUGAUUUUGUCCUGGGCGUAACGGGGGUAACCAACACUUUGUUUGUGGACCGAGGUCACACUGAGUCGUGCAUGGUCUGGAAGCCAGAACCCAUCAGUUAA